UAAUGUGACAUUCAGUUGCAUUGUUUCGAUCUUGGUAAACAGUCGACAUAUUAAAAAAUAUUUCUUAGAAUUCCAUAUUUUUCGGAGUAUUAAAAAAUGCUUUUCUUCAUCUUGUUUCUCUCGACCAUAGUAAGUGCCGAAGAAGUGCCCAGUCGGUUGGAUAAUGUGACCGCUUCGCGUGAAUGGAUGCUGGAGGUCCUGCGCGCUGGUAAAAUGGUGGUCGCCGGCUGCAACAAGAAAUUAUCGAUCCCCGCCACGGGCGAAGAACUGCUCGCCUGCGUGGAAGCGCGCAUGCUGCUUGCAAUGGACCGACUUCUCUCUAGCGAUGUCCUCGAGCUGCCUUUCGGCGCUAAAUUAAUCAAAAACCAUAAUAUUGAUGAAGAUGCGACAAAUACGACACUCAACAAGACCGCACAGCUUUUCGACGCUAGGCGUCAGCGUGCCGCUUCGUGGAGCGUGGACUUAUUCAACGAGACUUUAAGUAGAGCGGCGCGAUUGCUGCGCACGCACUCCUUGCAAAUUCCGCUGCCGAGGAAUGUCAGCUUUGAUAUUUUCGAAGGACGUAGACGUCAUCGUCAGAAGAACGACAUGAUGGGCUUGAUGUUAUUUGGAGUGAUGGCAAUGUCAGUGAUCGCAAUUCCAUUGGGUUUCCAGUUUCUAGCCGUUCUAGGUGGCAAGGCACUUAUGUUGGCGAAACUGGCACUAAUCCUGACCUCGAUACAGGGUCUCAAAAAGAUCGCUACCAGCAAUUUCAGCUAUGGGCUUUAUCAUAGUCCAGGCAGAUAUCAUUAUGAUCGAAGAUGGCAACCACCACAACCUGAAGCCGAACAACCAGGAUUGUUUGAUGCUUUCGACAUGUCACCCGAAUCACCGGCCUUGGACGCCAUCAGACCAAGGAUCAGUUUUCCUGAACGCCAAGCAGCAAUGCAAUAAUAAAUGACUCACAAAUCAACAGGUUUCUGAUACAGAUGUAAUUAUUUUGAUUAUUUUUCUACAGCACAUUUAUUUAUUUAUUUAUUUAUUUAUUUAUUUGUAAUUUAAAUAUUUACGAAAAAUGAUUUUUAUUGAACGAAGUAGAAUAAUUGAUUAUUAAACGCGCACAUAGCAGACAAA